AUGAGCUCAGCAGCAUCACUCAGACCGAUCGUCAUCUCCGGGCCGAGCGGUACAGGCAAAUCGACACUGCUCAAGCGCCUGUUUGACGAAUACCCCGACACCUUUGGUUUUAGCGUGUCUCACACUACCAGAAAACCCCGGCCGGGCGAAGAGGAUGGCAAAGCGUACCACUUUGUGAGCAGGGAUGCGUUUAAGGAGCUCAUUGAUCAAAACGGGUUUGUAGAGCAUGCGGAGUUCUCCAAAAAUCUCUAUGGCACUAGCGUCAAGGCGAUACAAGACGUCGCGGGCCAGGGGCGUCGCUGUGUCCUCGAUAUUGAUAGUCAGGGCGUGAAGCUCAUCAAGGCCAAUCAUGCUCACCUGAAACCGAUCUACGUCUUUCUCUCGCCGCCCUCACUGGCCUCUUUGCGCACGCGACUGUCAGGGCGCGGCACAGAGUCUGAAGACUCGCUGAGGUCGAGGCUAGAAGCCUCAAAGGGCGAGAUAGAGUAUGCAAGAACGGGCGCGUACGAUACCGUCAUUGUCAAUGACGAUCUAGACAAGGCGUAUCAGAAGCUCAAGGCCGUCGCCGUGGAAGACAGAUUAGAAGCAGACUCAAAAGUGCCGCCAAUGGACGAGGAUCCUGCAGAGCUGGCAGCGAAUGCAUAG